AUGGUGUAUUCAGCCUUAGCCUGGCAAGACUGGUAUCGUUUCUAUCUAGAGCCAGGCAACUACGAGUACCCCGUUCAUUUGAGUAAACCUCUGGUCCUGAAGUCUGACAUCAACAACCCAAAGACGACCUAUGGAUCACCAAAUUUGAAGCAGACGAUAAACCUCUGGAGUUGGACGACAACGUGCAACUGGAGCUCCAUUCCUACCUUUGGAAUGCUGAAGAAUCUGGACGCCUGCACCAAUGGCAUCCCUUGUCCGAUAAAGACUGGACGACAGAAGAUGGACAUGCUUCUAGACUUUUCGCCGUACAGCGCCAUCAUUUCUUUACUGAAGGAUGACGCUCCCUAUCAGCUUCCAGAUGAUCCUUCAUGA